AAAGAGUGUCUCGGAGAGUUGCUGCUCUCCCUCCACUGACUAAUAACCAUCGCCAGCCGCUUAGGCUUUCAAGUGACAAGUAUUUCGUCCAAGACAAGUCCACGCUGGCGCCCGGACCUCAAGCCCACCAGAGGGCACCGCUGUGGCCCGAGCUGGUGUGCACAGCGAGGCGAGCCCCGCUUUCACGCCGACGCCGCCUCCCCCGGGACUGGCGCCUGUGCCAGCGCCGUGAGCGCUAGCGGCAGCUGCAGGACUCCCUGACCUUGCUCAAGUGGCAGAGCACGCACCCACCCACCAUGGCGACCAGGCUGCUGCUGCUGCUCCGCGCCCUCCAAGGAGUGGUGCCCCGCGCCCCUAGGCGUGUCAUGGCGCCCACCUCCGUCCGAGCCAUGAGCGCCGGCGGUAUUCCCACUGAUGAAGAGCAAGCCACUGGACUUGAACGGAAAACUCUACAAGCCAUGAAGAGAGGGGAGGAUCCAUACAGCAUAUUCAAACCCAAGAGAUAUUCCGGAACCAAAGAAGAUCCUCAUAUUGUUCCAUCAACUGGAGAUAAGAGACUAGUGGGUUGCAUCUGUGAGGAAGAUAACUCUACUAUUAUUUGGUUCUGGGUACACAAAGGAGACAGCCACCGUUGUCCUCAGUGUGGAGCUUAUUACAAGCUAACUCAUCAUGAACUUCCCCACUGAGAGAAUCGAUACUGAAGAAAAACCCAAAAAGAAUGUUUUAAAGUUGUACACCUUGAUGUGCAUUUAAUAAAAGUGUCUGACUGCA